AUGGUAGCCCCCACGUCGCAGUGGGACUCAUUUGACCACAGUGCCUCGGUACGUUCACUCAGUUCCAACGGCAGACGGCCGCGGCAGCUCGGAAGAUCUUUUGCCAUGGAAAAGCAUUCUGACCUGCUGCUCCGUAUCUCGACGGUCAAGUCACCAAAGCGUCCGUACGUUGAGAACUCACAGAGAGGCAAAGCGUUCGACGACAAUAAUGCUCUAAGAUCUCUGCCAUUCGUCCAUUCCUCCAACGGGCCCAGGGUGCCAUGCUGA